AUGCUCUGGUCUUCGCUCGUUACCGUCGUCGUGUACGGUCUUGCUCAGGUUGCUCAAGGAAAGCCGCUUGGUUCCAAGCGAUGGGAUGAACUCUCGAUCAAGCACGAAUGGGUGGAAGUACCUCGCGGGUGGACGCUCGAGGGACCAGCUCCGGCGGAGCACAAGUUCGUCAUGCGCCUAGCCCUGAAGCAGGACGGCUUUGAUGAGCUCGUGAGGCACCUCUACGAGGUUUCGGAGCCUACACACGAGCGCUAUGGGAACCACUUGUCCAAGGAGGAGGUCGACGCUCUGAUCGCUCCUCACCCUGAUACCGCCGACUUGGUCGAAGCAUGGCUCGCGCAUCAUGGCAUACAGUCGUCGGACUGCCACCGCUCCGAUGCUGGAGAUUGGAUUAAAGUUUCUGUAUCCGUCGAGCAGGCAGAACAAAUGCUUAGCACCAAGUACAAUGUCUACACUCAUGAGACGACCGGAGAGCAAAUUGUUCGCGCCAUGAGCUAUAGCCUCCCUAGCGUCCUCGAAGGCCAUAUCGAAACCGUUGCCCCAACGACUUACUUCGGUACCAUGCGCGCCAUGCGAGCGACCAACCACGUCUCUCCAGUGAAGCCUAUCGAGAACGACCACGAGCUUCAGGCUCUUGUGAGCCCCGGAAACCUCGCCACUGUUCCUGCGUCUUGCGCUACGACUAUCACUCCAACUUGUCUCCGGGCGCUCUACAACUCCUCUACGUAUGUGCCCAAAGCUACUGCAACGAACGUUAUCGGCGUCGCGGGAUAUCUGGAAGAGUUCGCGAACAACGCGGACUUGCAGACUUUCUUCAACCGUUUCCGGACCGAUGCCGUUGGACAGACAUUCGAGACGGUGCUAGUUAACGGUGGCGGUAACAAUCAGAACGAGCCGGGAACCGAGGCCAACCUUGAUAUCCAAUACACGGAAGGGAUCACGGCACCGACACCCAAUGUCUACUUCAGCACUGGAGGCAGCCCUCCGUUUACUCCUGACAGCUUCACGACCACCAACAGCAAUGAACCAUACCUCGACUUUUUGGACUUCCUUGGCACCCAAAGCUCAAUCCCGCAGACCAUCAGCACCUCAUACGGUGACGACGAGCAGACCGUCCCUAAGGAUUAUGCCACUUCGGUCUGCAACCUCUUCGCACAAUUUGGCGCCAGAGGGACUAGCUUCCUGUUCAGCAGCGGUGACGAGUAUACUGACGCGCCUUAUCCUGUAAGGGGUGUUGGCGGUGGCAGCUGCCGAACAAACGACGGUACCAAUGUUGUGCGUUUCCAGCCAGAGUUCCCCGCGUCGUGUCCCUUCGUGACCGCAGUCGGUGGCACCAUCAAGAUCAACCCGGAGGUUGCCGUGUCCUUCUCCGGUGGAGGCUUCUCCAACUAUUUUGCCCAGCCCAGUUACCAGACGGCCAAGGUGCAGACUUUCUUGACAGCACUUGGUAGCACCAAUGAGGGCCUUUUCAACGCCAGUGGACGCGCCUACCCCGAUGUUGCUGCCCAAUCUGAAGGCUUCCAGGUCGUGAUUGGUGGACGGGUCACCUCUGUAGCCGGAACCAGUGCUAGCGCCCCUACCAUGCUCAUUCAAGACGCUCAGACAUUCGCUGGGAUCGUUGCUCUGCUCAACGAUUUCCGGCUUUCGAACGGGAAAUCCUCCCUGGGCUUCCUGAACCCGCUUUUGUACAGUGCAACUACCGGCUUGACGGAUAUCACAAGCGGCUCCAACCCCGGCUGUUCGACUAAUGGAUUCACAGCUCGCGCUGGAUGGGACCCGGUUACGGGGCUCGGCACACCAGACUUCGGAAGGCUUCAGAGCGUCGUACUCAACGCGUAA